AUUUUCUAUUUGUUAAAUUGUGGUUAAAUAAAUAUUUAAAUAUUUUUUAAAUUUUGGGUGUAUAAAUCUAAAACUUCAACUAAUAAAAACUGAAAUAAGAGAGAGAGUUUAAUACACCAAACUUUAAAAAAAAAUCAGUUUAUAUUUUCCAUGAUUAUAUAAUAACACUUUUACAAAACUAAUAUGCAUACACAUAUAAUAGACAAUAUAAAUUUUAUUUUUAUCCUAAGGAAUAUAAAUAGUAUGUUAACUAAAAACAAUAAUUUCUUCAUCAGCGACAAUAAAUGGCAUGAAAUAAACCAGCACACAUUACUAUAUAAACCGACUCAUCCAACAAGUCCAAAGACACAUAACAAUCUGAAACACAAAACUCCAAAAGAAAAAAAAAUGUCUUCAACUUCAACACUUUUAAUCAAAACAGCCUUCGUUGUACUCAUCUUUGUCUCGUUCACAAUUUCUCCAGCAACUUCAACGGUGCCUGAAGAAUGCGCAAGCGAGUCAGCGAACCCGUGCGUCAACAAAUCUAAAGCUUUGACUCUCAAAAUCAUAGCUAUCGCCACAAUCCUAGUCGCUAGCAUGAUUGGGGUGGGCGCUCCUCUCUUUAGCCGUUCGGUGCCGUUCCUCCGACCCGACGGUGACAUUUUCACAGUUGUCAAGUGCUUCGCCUCCGGGAUCAUCCUCGGAACCGGUUUUAUGCACGUGUUGCCUGAUUCUUUCGACAUGUUGUCAUCACAAUGUCUUGAAGAGAACCCGUGGCACAAGUUUCCCUUCACGGGGUUUCUCGCUAUGCUGUCUGGUCUAAUCACUCUAGCCAUCGAUUCCAUGGCUACGAGCCUCUAUACUAGCAAGAACGCCGUUGGGAUCAUACCCCAUGGUCAUGGUCACGGCCCGGCAAAUAAUGUUACCUUACCAACAAAAGAUGAUGAUUCCACGAAUGCACAACUCUUGCGAUACCGAGUCAUUGCUAUGGUCUUGGAGCUUGGAAUCAUAGUUCACUCUGUGGUCAUUGGACUGUCUCUAGGAGCAAUUAAUGAUACUUGCACCGUAAAAGGACUCAUCGCAGCUCUUUGCUUCCAUCAAAUGUUUGAAGGCAUGGGACUUGGAGGUUGCAUUCUCCAGGCUGAGUAUACGAACUUGAAAAAGUUUGUUAUGGCGUUCUUUUUCGCGGUGACAACUCCAUUCGGUAUAGCGUUAGGAAUCGCUCUAUCAACAGUUUACAGAGAAAACAAUCCCAAUGCUUUGAUAACUGUUUGACUUCUCAAUGCAUGCUCGGCCGGAUUGCUCAUCUACAUGGCACUCGUUGACCUUCUAGCUGCAGAGUUCAUGGGGCCAAAGCUUCAAGGCAGCAUCAAAAUGCAGUUCAAAUGUUUAGCUGCGGCUCUUCUCGGGUGUGGUGGAAUGUCGAUUCUCGCCAAAUGGGCCUAA